AUGGAGUACACACAGGAUGGUACCGUUGACCUCCGUGGCCGGCCGGUUCUUGCCAAUAAAACCGGCAAAUGGAAAGCCUGUUCUUUCCUCAUCGGAUAUGAGGCAUUUGAGAGGAUGGCGUUUUAUGGGAUAGCCUCAAAUUUGGUGGUUUAUUUGACGACACAACUGCAUGAGGACACUGUUUCGUCGGUGAGAAAUGUGAACAACUGGGCCGGGUCGGUUUGGAUCACCCCGAUUCUUGGAGCUUAUAUUGCAGAUUCUUACUUGGGCCGCUUUUGGACUUUUACCAUCUCAUCUUUAAUUUAUGUCAUGGGGAUGGUCCUUCUCACAAUGGCUGUCUCCAUCGAGUCCCUCCGGCCUGCCUGCGAAAACGGGUCCUGCAGCAAGGCCAGCCGGGCCCAGGUGGCCUUUUUCUACACUUCGCUCUACGUAAUUGCGGUUGGUGCCGGCGGCACGAAGCCCAACAUCUCGACUUUAGGGGCCGACCAGUUUGACGACCUCAACCCGGACGAGAAGAAGCUCAAGGCCUCUUUCUUCAACUGGUGGAUGUUCAGCACUUUCUGUGGGGCCCUCUUCGCGACCAUGGGCCUCGUUUAUGUCCAAGUGAACGUGGGCUGGGGAUGGGGCUACGGUAUCCCGACCGGAGGCCUCGUGCUCUCGUUGGGCCUCUUCUAUGUGGGGACACCUCUGUACCGCCACAAGGUGCGUAGAACGAGGCACCCGGCUGGCGAGGUCUUUCGGGUUUUCGUAACAGCACUUGCGAACGCGAGGCUUGAGCCGCCGAGCGGACAUCAGAUGGAGCUUCACGAGAUGGACAAUGCGUAUUAUGCGAGAACCGGGAAACGUAGAAUACAUCACACUCCGGUUUUCAGGUUCCUGGACUUGGCCGCGACAAAGCCCACUGGGUCCACGCGCCCUCCGUGCACGGUCACCCAAGUGGAGUCCGCGAAGCUCGUCCUCAGCAUGUCCACGAUUUGGGCCGCAACACUCAUCCCAAGCACCAUCUGGGCCCAAAUCAACACUCUGUUCGUCAAGCAGGGGACCACUCUGGACCGCCACAUCACCCCAUCCUUCGAAAUCCCGGCCGCUUCCCUCAGCAGCCUCGUCACCCUGUCCAUGCUGGUAUUCCUCCCCGUAUACGACCGCUGCCUCGUCCCCCUCGCCCGCCGCCAUACGGGCAACCCACGUGGCGUCACCCUCCUUCAGCGCCUCGGCAUCGGCUUCGCCAUCCAAACCCUAGCCAUCGCCUCCGCCUGCCUAGUCAGCUCCCAUGUCCGCCACGCGGGUGCCUCGAGCAUCCUGUGGCUGUUCCCACAGUACGUGCUGGUUGGGGUGGGGGACGUUUUCAGCGCGGUGGGGAUGCUCGAGUUUUUCUACGACCAGUCGCCGGAUGCGAUGCGGAGCCUGGGGACGACGUUCUUCACGAGCGGGAUUGGGGUGGGGAAUUUCUUGAACAGCUUGCUCGUGACGGCGGUUGAAGGGGCGACAGGGAGGAAGUGGAUUGGGAGGGACGUGAACGAGUCGAGGCUCGACUGUUACUACGGGUUGUUGCUGGUGCUGUCGGUGGUGAACCUCGCCGUGUUCGUGGCGGCGGCGAGGAAGUACGUGUACAAGGUGGAGGAGUCGGGUGAGGAUCAUGUGGUGGUAAAGGAGGUGUGUGUGGAGAAAUAG